AUGGGAAGACCAGAAAACUUCAGGUCUAAUCUUCAGACCAUUACCUUGGUUUUUGAGGCAGCUUUUCCUGCUGGCCUAAAGCGGAAGUACUUCAAACAAAGUAUCGCUCAACAGCGUACAGUUGCUCCAGAACCGGUUUUCCCUGAGCAAAAGAAAUCAAGGAAAAAACAGGCGCAAACCCGUCAUUCGCCUAAAGUUAAGAAAGCCAAGUAUCGGUUUCGCUCUUACGAUAGGUCAGAACCAGAAAAUGAUGAUGUGAUAAAACAUAUUGUUAGGCUGAGAGAGAAGCUUGGUUGGAAAACUACAUUAUUUCCACAUGAUAAGAAAUGUCGCAUUUCUAAAGUUGCCGCCGAGAAGCCUGCUCUAAAGGAACCUUUGAAAGAUGAUGGUGAAUUUAUCUAUUGCCUUCCUCGGGAGAACGUCAAAGGCAUUUUCAAUGAGUAUGAUCUUCGCGUUGUGUCUGCCUAUAAAGCUAAAAAGUGCAAGGAAUUUUGGAUGGUUUCUGCUUCAUUCGUCUCAAAGAUUACUAAAAUAAGUAUCGAUAAAGAAGACGUGGAACUUAUACCUGUUUUGGAAUGGCUAUCAGAAAGACAACGUUAGUAUUUAUUACAGCAAUUUAAGAUAUUUUACAAUUUUCGAAUGAAUAAAGCCUUUGUUACUUGGAAAGCAAACAUUAAAAGAAUUAAGACAGACAAGAGCAGAUCAUUUUUGUACAACCAUCUUUUUUAUGCUGAUGAUUUGUUUCAAACUUGUUUGCUUUAUAUAAGAGGACUUUGUGAAGAUGCACUUAAUCUCAAGAAGAAUGAUGGAGACAAUCCAUCAGCUAUAUGUCUUGUAAAGCUGGAUGGUUCUCAAACAUAUGCCCUAGAUGAAUUUUGUGAAGAACAGUUACAGCAAGCUACCCAGGCAGUGAGACAGCUGGAGGAGAUCAGGAAUAAAGCAAUUUCAGAGAUAAAAAGUACAAUCUUAAAGGUUGCAGAAAAGAAAGAUAUUAAGGAAUAUUUUGUGUCAAAAGCAUCUGAGAUUGUUACAACACAUUUCAAGCUGCCUCAGUAUCGGUGUUUACUAGGAACAAAUUUGAGAUUUCUGAGGCUGAUUGACUACUUAUUUUAAGAACUCAUUCGUCAGCUUAUGAAUUCUGCAGUUACGGUGCUUUUGGAGUUUUUCAUUGGUUCUGUUAGAAUGCCAUUUUCAAAGGAAAAAAAGAAUGAAAACCUCAUCAGAACAUUGAAGGACAUUUUUGGAGAGGUGACGAACAACUGUCAAGAACUCUUUAAUUCAAACUUACAUGUUCUUUCUACUGAUAAAUCAGGACUGAGAACAGACACAGAUAUAAAUGAGAUUUUAAAUAGUUUUAAAGUGGAGAUAGACUUGAAAAAAACAUAUGCACCAAUCUUUGAGGUAAAUCUAUGUUUGAGAAUUCCUGUUGAAGAUGAUUCUAAUGAGAGUUUUGAAGAAUACAUUCCUAAAUCCCACCGGGGCUCUGAAGAGUGCACAGCAUGUGAAGAACAUGAAAUGUCAGUAAAUGCAAACACCUGUGUAAAAACCUCAAGUGAUGAUCUACUCAUAAAAUACAAUGAACGAAACAAAUUUAGUUCCAUCCUUAGACAUAUUCUUUCAGACACAGAAAUCACUGAGUCUGAGAAUAGAUAUAUCUAUGAUAGAUUUUCAGAAUUCCCUACAAACUUCUUUAUAGAUCCCAACAGAUUGGAAUUUUCAACACAGUUUCAACAUAUGGUAGCUAUGAUAGAAAAGUAUGUAACCACAAUUAUUCCUCUUCACCGAGAUCCUCGCCUGCAUACCUUUAUUGAUUUUCUUUCAUCUCGGGAUUUGUCUACUGGAACAGAAAGUAUCAUCAAAUAUAAGAAGACGAGAUGGCCAGAUUUUCAGAUCCUUUUUGAAAAGGAUUCUCACUACCAAAACAAAAUUGUGAGUCUGCUGACCAUUAUUGGUAAAUCAAUGGCCCUAGUUAAUGAUUACAGCUGCAUGUUUCUAAAGUAUUGUACCAUGGUAGAAAAAGCCAAAGUCAUGAGUAUAAAAAUGCCAUCAAUGGAAAACUUAACUUCAUCAGAGUUUAAAACUAUACUACAUAAAUUCAGAAACUACCUAAGACAGAUUGUAACUAUGACUAUUGAGAUGCGUAUUGGUAUUUUUAGUGUUAAAAGUUUGAAUUAUCAAUUGGAAUGCUUACCAUAUGUUGAUAACGUCAUAAAAAUGAGCCACAACAUGUUAAGAUCUGCAAUUGAGGAAAAAAAUGCUUAUCUAUUGAAAAUUGUGGAGGCCUCGCUGCAACAACUGGACUAUGAGCCUGUGGAAAUAGAUGAAUUUGUGAAACUCUUUGAUUUUUUGCAUGAAAUUUCCUCAAAAAUAGCUGAGUUAGAAAGAGAGUUUGCAACAGCUUCUCAGCUGUACUCUCUUGUAAGGCAUUACCAGAUUCCUGUUUCUGAAGAACAAGUUGCCAUAUACAAAAUCAUUUCAGUCAAGUUUGGUCAUCUCAAAACAGCUAUGAAGCUAAUUGCCACAAAUAAAGAAGCAACCAUAACCAGGUUCAGGAACAGUUUGGAAGCAAGCAUCAUUGCUCUACGAGUGGAUGUCAGUAAUUUGAAAGAUAAAAUAAGAAGUCCUGAUCUGUUAAGUUCUGGUACCCCCGUGCCAACAGCGAUGGAAAUGAUCCAGUCUCUCUCAGAAGAAUCUGUAAAUUUGACUCACAAAAUGAAAACAUAUUCAAGCUAUCAGGAACAAUAUGAUGACUCCCAAUCUCAUAUAUAUUCUAUUAAUAUGGAGGAAAUUACUCAGAUUGUGAUCACAGAGAUCUCUGACAUUGAACGUGACUUAAUGCUGAGGAAAUUACUGUGGGAAGCACAAGAUGAGUGGGGAACACUAUUCUGGGGAUGGAGGAAUUGUUCUCUUCAAAGUAUCGACACAGAUUUAGUACAAAGAAAUGUUUCCAAGUGGCUGCAUAUAAUUCUUUUACUAGAAAAAGGUUUACCUAAAAAUGAUAUGGUUACGCACCUUAAAAAAUCAGUGACAGAUUUCAAACAAGAGCUGCCUAUCAUCAUAGCACUGGGAAACCCCUGCCUCAAGCCACGGCACUGAGAGCUUCUACAAGAGAUCACUGGAAAGUCAAUUUCCCUUGAUAAACACCUCUCAGUAGAGGAACUUCUAUCUCUCAAGAUGUUUCUAUAUGAAGGUAAAAUAAAUGAAAUAUCGAUCUCAGCAACUAAUGAAGCUGCUCUUGAAAAAAUGCUAUUUAAGAUUAUCGAGCUCUGGAAUGCCUCUCCCUUACAUUUAGUUCUUCAUCACACAGAGGCCUACUCUAUCCUAAUCAUUUCAUCUAUAGAUGACACAAUAGCUCAGCUAGAAGACUCUCAAGCCAUUCUUACAACAAUUAAAGGAUCUUCCUAUCUUGGGCCAAUUAAGGCUCUUGUGAGUGAGUGGGAUCAAAAGUUAAAUCUCUUUUCUUAUACCCUGGAGGAAUGGAUGCACUGUCAAAGAAAUUGGCUUUGUCUUCAACCAAUCUUUAAUUCUUUAGAAAUACAAAAGGAGCUCCCAGCAGAAACAAAACUUUUCUCCCAUGUGAUUGUCAUGUGGAAAGAGAUAAUGUCAAAAGUACAAAACAAACUAGAUGCUUUGCAUAUAACCAUCUCUGUAGGAGUCCUUGAAAUUUUGAAAAAUUGCAAUAUACAUCUCGAAUACAUAAAGAAAAGUCUUGAGGAUUACCUUGAAAUUAAAAGGAUGAUUUUCCCACGAUUUUACUUUCUCAGCAAUGCCGAGCUUCUCAAUAUUCUAGCUGGCAACGGAAAUCCUGAGUAUGUGCAGCCUCAUCUUCUGAAAUGUUUUGGAAAUAUAAAACACAUGUUAAUAUGGAAACAAGAAAUUGGCCCUCCUGCUAUAAAAAUGCUCAUAUCUGCCGAAGGAGAAGGUCUCGUGCUGCCAAAGAAAAUUCGAGUCAGAACUGCUGUGGAACAGUGGCUGGUAAAUGUAGAAAAAAGCAUGUUUGAUGUGGUAAAAAAAUUCAUAAGUCAGGGGGUUGAAGCAUGGAACUACCAGACUUUUUCCCAGUGGGUACUGUCACAUCCAGGACAAGUGGUCCUCACUGUGAGCCAGAUCAUGUUUCACAAUGACUGUAUAAAAAGUUUUGUGAGUUACAACUCAAGGAAAGAGCUGACAACAGUUCAGGCUACUGUGAUACAUCGUCUAGAGGAACUGACGGUCCUGGUUGCACAGAACACUAGUAACUCCCGCACAAAAAUUGUACUAGAGAUGUUAGUUACCCUUUAUGUUCACUGCAGGGACACUGUGACAGACUUAAUCCUCAAAGAUAUCUCCAGCGUGGGGGAUUUUGAGUGGACAAGACAUUUACAGUAUAAAUGGGAUGAAAAGCAAAAGUUGUGUUAUGUGUCUCAAGGAAACACCAGCUUUGCUUAUAGCUAUGAAUACUUGGGCUGUGCCCGGAGACUGGUCAUCACUCCUCUCACAAACCGGUGCUGGAUUACCCUCAUGGGGGCACUGUGCUACAAUCUUGGAGGCUGCUGUGCUGGGCCCGCUGGUGUAGGGAAAACGGAAACUGUUAAAGACCUAGCAAAAGCCUUAGGUAAACAUUGUGUAGUCUUCAGCUGUUUUGAAGAUUUGGAUUGUAAGAUACUGGGGAAAUUCUUCUUCGGACUGGUACAGUCAGGAGCUUGGUGUUGUUUUGAUGAAUUCAACCGAAUUGAUAUAGAAGUCCUCUCUGUCGUUGCCUCACAGAUUCUAACAAUCAAGAUUGCAAAAGAUAGCUGUUCUGUCAGGUUUGUACUGGAUGGUAAAGAAUUAAGUCUCAAUAUGUCAUGUGCAGUAUUUAUCACCAUGAAUCCUGGAUAUAAAGGUCGAGUUGAGCUCCCGGGUAACUUAAAAUCUCUGUUUCGCCCAGUGGUGAUGGUAGUGCCCCAUUAUGAGAUGAUUACUGAAAUAAUACUGUUUUCAUUUGGCUUCAAAUCUUCAAACUCACUCUCUGGAAAGCUAGUCAACCUUUAUAGUAUAGCUAGCAAGCGGCUCUCCAAACAGGAUCACUAUGAUUUUGGCAUGAGGACUUUGAAGACAGUUUUGAUAAUGGCUGAAAAGAAGAAAUAUGAGUUUAAAUGUGACAACAGUGACGAAGUUUCUGAAGCAGAUGAAUCUCUGAUCAUUAUUGAGGCAGUCAGAGAAGCUAGUUUAUCUAAGCUUCUUCCUGAAGAUGUCCUACCUUUCGAAAAGAUCAUAGAAGAUAUUUUUUUUGGAAUAACAGUUUCAAAAGAAAAUCAGCCUGACUUAGAGAAAGCAAUAUACAUCGCAACAGAACAAUUAGGAUUUCAGCACUGGCCACCUCAGAAAGAAAAGAUCAUACAGUUUUAUAAUCAACUUAAGGCUUGUGUUGGUGUGAUGCUAGUGGGCCCAACAGGAGGAGGAAAGACAGCAGUUCGAAAAAUUCUAGAAAAAGCAUUGAUGUUACUUCCAGUUGCAGACAUCUUAUCGCAUAAAGAAAGGCUGUCUAUUUCAAAGAUUCCAGGAGGAAAAAGAAAAGUAGAUGUUUGUGUUUUAAAUCCAAAAUGUGUCACUCUGGGUGAACUGUAUGGACAGCUGAACCCUAACACUACAGAAUGGAAGGAUGGACUGUUAACAGCAGCAAUCCGAAACUAUGUGUAUGCUUGCGCUGAGGAAUACACAAAAAAAGACAACACUCUUGGACUAAUGUCAAGAACCACAGAUUUAUCUAAUGUUUUCCAAGUUGGUUCCUGUGCUAUAGGAGAUAUUGAUAACAACACUUCUAUGAAGCAAGUAGAGAAAGAUGUCAAAAAUUUAGAAAGUCAGGAUUUUGAUUGGCAAUGGAUUGUUUUAGAUGGUCCAGUGGACACCUUCUGGGCAGAAAAUCUCAACUCUGUGCUGGAUAACACUAGAACUUUGUGCCUAGCAAACAGUGAAACGAUUGCCCUGACUGACAAGAUAAGGGUGAUUUUUGAAGUAGACAGUCUUUCUCAGGCCAGUCCUGCUACCGUCACCCGCUGUGCAAUGGUGUAUAUGGACCCUGUUGAUCUGGGGUGGGAACCUUACAUUAAGUCAUGGCUUUUGAAAACUUCGAAAAUUUUAAGUCACUCAGGAAUGGAGUGUCUUGAAUUGAUGAUUAAAAAAAGUGUUACAGAAGGACUACAAUUUCUAAAGAAGAAUAAGAAAUUUCAGCCAUACCCUGUACAGGAUGUAACAGUCAUCAUAACCCUAUGCAGAAUUCUAGAUGCUUUCUUUGAAUUCAUGAGUAUAAAAAGAGGAUCAACGAAAAGUGAUGAUGCAUCAGAUGACAUUGCAACUAAAGAGACAAAGUUUUUGAGGGUCAAAUUCAAGGAUACAGAAAAGAGGUUAGAUGAUAAUGCAUGGUACUUGGAGAAAAAUCCUGAUAAAUUACCAAUAAUGAUUCAAAAGGUUUUUGUGUUUGCCUUUACUUGGGCAUUUGGAGGAACUUUAAAACGCGAAGACCAACAUGAAGAAAAUACACGAUCUUGUGGGAGUUUUGAACCUGAUUCUCUCGCAGAAGUGACCUAUAGUUUUGACAACCUUGUUCAUGAAUUAUUUGAUGAAUAUUCAGAAUCAGGUAUCAGCCUACCAGGUGGUGAACAGUCUAUAUUUGGAUAUUUUGUGGACUUACAGCUUGGUGAGUUCAUACCUUGGUCAGAUUUAGUUCCUACUGCUCAGACACUAAUUCAAAAAGGGACAUCGUUAUUGACUGACUUUCAUGGGUCUAGUGGGAACAUCCUCAGGAUGAAGGAAUGUGGAGAAUACAUUAAUUAUACUGCGACCAGAGACACAGUCUGCCUCUCCUUCCUCAUGAGUCUUCUCUUAAAGAAUUCCUGCCCUGUACUUCUCACAGGAGAGUCUGGUGUCGGGAAAACUACAGCCAUUAACCAAAUGCUUGAAAAGCUAGAGGGCCGAGGAACAUUUGAUAUAAAAUAUGACUCAAUUUUAGGAAAAGUCCUGUUACAUAAUGAGAUUAAAAGAUCAAGUAGUUUGUGGCAGAAUAUCAGCAUCUUGAUCUCUGAGUCUUACAAGACCACAAUUGGAAGCUUUGAAAAUACUAAGAAAGCAGAAACUACAACUGAUGAAAUUUCACUUGAAAAUAAUGAUGAUAAAGGAAUUAUAGUCUCCACAAUGAAUUUGAGCACCAAUGUGACAGCCGCCAAGACCAAGGAGAUGAUCUUGAAGAAGCUAAUAAGAAGAAAUAAAGACACACUUGGAGCACCCAGAAACAACAGGCUUGUAAUAUUUAUUGAUGACAUGAAUAUGCCAGUACCAGAUAAGUAUGGAGCACAGCCACCUCUGGAACUGAUCAGACAGUUAUUAGAUAUGGGAGGGAUUUACGAUACUGAGAAAAAUGCAUGGAAGAAUGUUCAAGAUCUUUCUGUAGUAGCAUCCAGUGCUUUUGCAGCCAGUGGGAAUGCGAUUAGUCCACGUCUCCUCAAACAUUUUUCCAUACUGGUAUUGCCUCAUCCUCCACAAAGUGUCUUAUGUACUAUUUUUCAGGCUCAUUUGGGAAUGUUUUUCUCCAUCCAUAAUUUCAUAGCUGAUGUUCAGAAAUGUAGAGAUCAGAUUGUGUCUUGAUCCCUGGCUUUAUACUAUCAAGUACGUAAGAGUAUGUUACCAACUCCAACAAAAUGCCACUAUAUGUUUAAUCCUCGAGACGUGUUUAAGCUUCUCCUAGGAUUGAUGCAAGCUGACAAGACGAUCAUCAACUGUAGAGAGUCAGUUGCUCUUCUCUUGGUUCAUGAAGCCAUCAGAGUGUUUCACAAUCGCUUAAUUGAGUCCACUGAGAAAAGCCUUUUUUAUCAAGUGCUUUCAAAGGAACUCCAGAACUAUUUUCAGAUUCAUUGGAGUCAUGAAAACCUGAUGAAUGAUCCAACGUUAUUUGUGGACUUUCUGGAUUUAAAUAAGCCUCACAGAAAAAAGCUCUAUCAGAACACCAAUGACUAUGAUAAGCUUCUCAGUAUACUUGAGGAAUUCCAAAUGAAGUUGAGGUCAACAUCUCUGGAGAUGUCUCAUUCCAUUGUGUUCUUCAAGGAGGCUGUGGAACACAUUACCAGAGCAACAAGGGUUCUUCGACAGCCAGGGACUCACAUGUUGCUGAUUGGAAUUGAUGGAUGUGGGAAAGAAACUUAUGCAACCUUAGCCUGUUACGUGGCAGAACAUAAACUGUACCGCGUGCCUGUAUCUCACAAUUACGCCUACAUAGAAUUCAAAGAAAUGUUGAAAAAAAUGAUAAUUCAAGCAGGCUUGAAAGGGAUCCCCACCGUUGUCAUGGUUGCCAGUUUACAGCAAGAGCAAGAAUCAUUUCUGGAAGAUUUGAACUACAUUAUCAAUGCAGGAAAAAUACCUAACUUAUUUGAAAAUGAGGAACUGGAUUCUAUUAUAAUGAGGAUUAGAUCUUUUGUGGAACAGUCUGAUUAUACAGGGGAUAGAAAAUCUUUACUUUCAUUUUUCCAAAAGAGAGUGUCUAAAAAUCUGCAUAUAUUUAUUAUCAUGAGUCCUGCAGGAUCUAACUUCCGCCAAAACUGUAGAACAUACCCUUCUAUGAUCAGCUCCUGCACAAUCGACUGGUUCCAGAAGUGGCCUGAUGAGGCUCUCCUUAUCGUAGCCAACUCCUACCUAGGAGAAAAGUUGAACUUGAUGAACAGAGAGAAUGUAAAACAACAAUUUGCCUCAACAUGUGUUGAAAUCCACAAAAGUAUGAAAGAUUUGAGCACAAAAUACCUUGAAGAAACCAGAAGGCAUUACUAUAUCACUCCCAGCAGCUACUUGCUGUUCUUGGAAACAUUUACACACAUCUUGAGGUCCAGAGAAGAAGAGAUGCAAAUGAAGAGGAAUCGUUUCUACAUGGGUCUCUCCAAGAUACUGGAAGCGACUGCACUCGUGACAGACAUGCAAGAAGAGCUCUUGAUAAUCAGCCCUCAAAUAGAGCAAAAAACAAAGGAUUUUUCUGAAACAGAAGUCUUGUUGGAAAAACUACAGAAAGAUUCAAAAAUAGUUGAAAAAGUUCAGAUGCUCGUUAAACAGGAUGAAGAAAUUGUUGCAGAAGAAGUAAGAAUUGUAGAAGAUUAUGCUCAGAAAACUACGAAUGAGCUGAAAAGUGUGCUGCCAGCUGUAGACAAGGCGAUUGUGGCGCUAAAUGCCCUGGAUAAAGCUGAUAUUUCUGAAUUGAGAGUCUACACACACCCUCCCUUCCUCGUUCUGACCGUGAUGAAUGCUGUGUGUAUUCUUCUACAGAAGAAGCCAAACUGGGCGACAGCAAAGCCGCUGCUUUCAGAAACUGGAUUCCUAAAGAAACUGGUUAACCUUGACAAGGACAGCAUUCCUGAUAAGGUGUUCGUGAAGCUGAAAAGAAUUUUAACCUUGUCUGAUUUCAACCCGAACAAGAUGGCCCUGGUUUCUGUUGCUUGUUGCUCUAUGUGCCAGUGGGUUAGAGCUUUGAAUAACUACCAUGAAGUUCAGAAGGUGGUGGGACCUAAGCAGGUCCAAGUAGCUGAAGCACAGAACGUCCUUCGAAUCGCAAAGCAAAGGUUGGCUGAGAAGCAAAGAGGUUUACAGCUGAUUGAAGAACAUUUGCAAUUUUUACACACAUCCUACAAAGAUACCAUUGCUGAAAAAGAGCUAUUAGCAAAUCGGAAAAAACUGGCCACCAAGCGUCUGCAGUGCGCAUCCAUCCUGCUGACUGUCCUGGAGGAUGAGAAGAUUCGAUGGCAGGAAACAAUCCACCAAAUAGACAACAAGUUGGAAGGAGUCUUUGGUGACAUACUUCUUUCAGCAGCGUGCAUUGUCUACAGUGGAGUCUUAACACCGGAAUUCCGCCAGUUGAUUAUAAAUAAAUGGGAGAGUUUUUGCGUUGAAAACAGAAUUUCUUUGUCAUCCAAAUUCUCCUUAAUUGAAGUGAUGGCAGAGAAAAAUGAGAUCCACCAGUGGCAUAAUCAGGGACUGCCUCUAGGUCAGUACUCAACAGAAAAUGCCAUCUUGAUGAAAAGCGCCCAGCAGUGGCCUCUGGUGAUCGACCCACACAAGCAAGCACACCACUUUAUCCAUCAGAUGGAAGGACCCAGGCUGCAAGAGCUCUCCAUUGAAGACAGCAGUUAUCCCCAAAAGCUUGAAAAUGCCAUGAAAAUGGGAACGUCCGUCCUCUUGCAGCAUGUCCCUGAAUCAUUUCCCCCAGGCCUAAAGGCAGUUUUGAAAAAGGAUAUCUUUCAGAAGAGAGGGCAGUAUUUCAUAAGAAUUGAUGAUUCUGAGAUUGAAUACAAUGUAAAGUUCAGAUUGUACUUAUCUACAGAACUAGAAAAUCCCCAUUUUCUUCCAUCAGUUUAUAGCUUUGUUACUAUGGUCAGCUUCACGGUAACAUUCCAAGGCUUGCAAGAUCAGCUCUUAUCCACAGUAGUAAGUCAUGAAGUUCCUCAUUUAGAAAAUCAACGUGCUCAGUUACUGGAGAGUAUUUCUCUUGACUCUAUAACUCUUGAAGAACUGGAGGAAAAAACAUUGAGCUUACUCCAGAAAGCACAAGGAUGUAUAUUAGAUGAUGAAGAAAUUGUAGAAACAUUAAGAAAAUCCAAAAUGACUUCAAAUGAAAUUUCAAUACGCAUCAAAGAAACAGAAAAGGCAGAGAGUGGAAUUCAAGCAACACGUCAAAGCUACCUCCCCAUUGCCACUCGGGGCACCCUGCUCUACUUUGUAGUGACCAGCCUUACACAAGUCGACUUUAUGUACCAGUUCUCCUUGGAGUGGUUUCGUCAGGUUUUUGUUUUAUCUACAACUUCCAAAAACAAAGAACAAGAACAUGAUUUGAAAAGGGAUGAAGCAUCACUAAAAAAAGUUUAUAAGCUAACAGGUGUCUCAAAACAACCUGACUUGGAAAGUGAGAAAAAUCCCUCAGCUGAGCAUAUUAAAAAUACAAUAAAUACAUUGACAAGAAACGUUUUUAAGGUAGUUUCUUCAGCUUUAUUUAAUCAACAUAAACUUUGCUUCUCCUUCCGGCUUUGCACGGCAAUCAUGCAAGACAACACUAACGACAAUGUCUCGGGCAGCGACAUUGGAUUCCUGCCAGAAGAAGAAUGGAACAUCUUUUUAUAUUCUGGCAUUUUGAUAAAUAUUAAAAGCAUACUAUCCAAGCCUAGACUUAAUAGUAUAUUUGGAAUACGUAAAAAGGAACACCUUCAGUGGCUGCCUGACUUCAGGUGGAAGCAGUGUCAGUACAUCAGCAGUCAGCUGGAACCGUUUUCCCUGCUCUGCAAAUCACUGUUGACAAAUAUACCGCAAUGGAAUGCUUUCAGGAACAGCAAGACUGUGUACUCUCUGAUAGGCACGCCUUUCUCUUCAGAAGAUGUCUUACAGAAGAGAAGUUGGAGAUCACCUGAGGAAGCUGAACUCCUGAAUGAAAAUGAUGAAAUGUGCAAUCCUAUAAAUUUUCCUUGGGAGAAACUCACUCCAUUUCAAAGACUUAUUUUGAUUAAAAUUCUUAGGCCAGAACGUUUAAAGAAUUCAGUGAGAAAGUUUAUAAUUGAAAAAAUGGGGCGUGAAUAUAUUCACAAAACUACAGUUAAUCUGAAAGAGUCCUACAAAGAAUCUACUGCCCAAACUCCGCUGAUCCUUAUUCACUCAUAUGGCAUCGACCUCACCAAUAUUCUCAUUAGAUUUGCACAAGAGUUAAAAGGAACAUCACAACAGGUGACCAUGAUUUCCUUGGGCCAAGGCCAGGCAUCCAAAGCAGAAGACCUCAUUUUUAAGGCGCUGAACAAAAAGCAGCAGUGGGUCUUCCUCCAGAACUGCCACCUUGCAUCAUCCUUCAUGCCCAGACUUUGCGCUAUUUAUAGACUCUGUCAUUCCAGGCUUGAGGGCCUUUUCAUGGCCCAGAAAAACACUGUAGCAGUGUUGAACAUACUAUUUAAUAGUCCAGAUGUGGCGUUAGAUCCUGAGUUUAGACUUUGGCUAAGUUCAAAAUCAUAUGGUUCUUUCCCAAUUCCUAUUCUACAGAAGGGUGUAAAGAUUGCCGUGGAAUCUCCCCAGGGAUUGAAAAGCAAUUUACUUCAAAUGUUUGACUACGGUGGGAGUGGCGAGGUAACGGAAGAGAUAUUCGAAAAACCUGACUGUGGGCCAUGGUGGAAAAAAAUUAUAUUCAGCCUAUGUUUUUUCAAUGCUGUGAUCAAUGAAAGGAGGGCUUAUGGAACGCUGGGCUGGAAUAUCCCGUAUAAAUUCACCACUUCAGACUUGGAGGUGUCCAUCAAGGUGUUGGAAGGCAUCCUCACUGGUCAGUCGAACAUUCAGUGGCAGGCGCUGAACUACAUGAUCGGGGAAGUGACCUAUGGUGGCCGGGUGACCGAUAACUGGGACAGGCGGUGCCUGAAGACUCUUUUCUACAGAUUCUGCAGUCCUGAAGUGCUGAAGGACGACUUCAGUUUCUCUAGUGAUGAGGUAUAUCAGCCAGUGCCCAGCUCUGCAAGUAUAAAGGACUGCAUUCACAUUAUCCAGUCCUUACCUGAUGAAGACUCUCCUGAGAUCUUAGGAAUACACCCCAAGGCCACACAUGCCUCCAGUGAGACCCAAGCGCAGAUGUUCAUUGAAAGUCUGAUCACCAUGCAACCAAAAGCUAGCCCCGUCAGCCUCAUGAUCAAUCCUACACAGAGCAAUGAUGACUUAGUGAUGGAGAUUCUGUCUGACAUGAUGGUUCGGCUGCCCUUAACAGUGGAAAAAGAAGACGUUGCUGGGUCUGGAAGUCAAUGCACGUUAAAAUUUUUUAUGUCAAGCUCUACCUGGGAGAAGCUCUAUAAAAACGUUGAAGGUUGGGAUCCCCUUAUCCACUGUGCCUUGAUAACCUUUCUGAACCAAGAAAUAAAGCGUUUUGACAAGCUAUUAUUUGUCAUACAUAAAUCUUUACAAGAUCUUCAACUUGCUCUAAAAGGAGAGAGCAUCCUCACUCAGGAGCUGGAGGAGAUCUACGACUCUUUCCUUAGUGCACAAGUGCCAGCACUGUGGCAGAAGCACGCCUACAGGUCCUGCAAGCCCCUGAGCUUCUGGGUCAGCAAUCUCAUCCAGCGGGUGAAUUUCUUCAACACCUGGGCCAAAGUGGCUUACAAGGCAAUAUAUCAUCGGUACAUGAAGUUUGUCACGACCUGGAAACAGUCUUCUACGUCACUGACCCAGAAAUCCAGACAUCAGACUACCUCAGAGAAUGAUUUGCCUGGAGGAUUUCCUACAAGAUACUGGCUCCCUGCUUUCUUCUUUCCACAAGCCUUUCUUACUGCUGUACUUCAACACUAUGGGAGGUCCCCGGGAAUCUACGACAGCCUUACUUUUACUCACAAAGUGGUUCCUGGCACUGAAGAUAAGAAAGAGGAUGCACUCUCCAUACUUCUCCCUAAGAGGCUCAACGUAGUCAAGAGAGCAUUCCAGUCUCUGCGCUCCGACCACACACAGAAAGGAGUUUACAUUUUUGGUUUAUUCAUCGAGGGGGCACGGUGGGAUCAGGAGGAACAAGUACUGGAAGACUCGCUGCCCCCUGACAUAUGCUGUGGAUUUCCUGAUAUAUACUUUUUGCCGACAAAGAUUACUGAAACAUCCAGUGAUUCCAGACAGACAGAUUCCAAACUCUAUACUUUUGAAUGUCCAGUUUACCAAACACCUGAGAGAUCAAGAAAUAUGACCCUCACUGGCUUACCAACAAGCUUAACAUCUGUGUAUCUACCCACUAAGAAGCCUCCUAGUCACUGGAUCACCAUGCAGGUUGCACUGCUGUGUGAAAAGAUGGAAUGA